UGAUGAUAAGCAGUUGUCAAAUUCCAAUUCAUCAUGAAAGUCCUGGUUUUAUUUGCAGCGGUAAUUGGAGCUACAUUCAGUGCGCCGAGUGCCAAAAAUACAGGAUGUGGAAGCCCAGUAACCCAACCUCAUAAAUCUACAUACAUUGUUGGAGGCAAGGAGUCCGUUCCGCACAGUUGGCCAUGGCAGGUAUUGAUGAGAUACAGAACAAGUACUCUGACUUGUGGCGGUGCCUUGAUUAGAAAUAGCGCGGGAAAUCUUGUAGUUAUUACAGCUGCUCACUGUGUUGAUGGAACAGAAAGCAGACCUGGAGAUUGGACCAUCGACGUUGGAGUACAUUCACGAUCUGCCAAUGAGGCUAACCAGAGAGCGUAUACUGUUUCAAGAAUCAACAGUCACAAUAAUUAUAAUUCAAGAACCUUCGACAAUGAUAUAGCUAUCAUGCAACUUUCAGCAACAGUUACAGAGAACGAUGAUGUCAGUCCAAUUUGUGUGACGUCAUUACCUACCAGUGACUUUUUCAAUCAACAAUGUGUCGUAACAGGAUGGGGAACUACCUCUGAAGGUGGUUCAACAUCUGACAGACUACAAGAGGUAUACAAACCAGUGCUGUCCGAUGCCGCAUGUACAGGUUAUUUGAGUAAUGCUUAUAAUGCAAACACAAUGUUAUGUGCUGGUCUUGACGCCGGUGGAAAAGAUGCUUGUCAGGGAGACUCUGGUGGACCAUAUGCUUGUUUGAACGCUCAGGGCAAUUGGGAUCUUAUAGGUAUUGUAAGCUGGGGAUACGGUUGUGCUCGACCAGAACUACCUGGUGUGUAUGCAGAUGUACAUAAAUAUUUGGCCUGGAUUAACAACAACGCUUAGAAAUUCUACGAAAUUCUAAAUAAAUAUAUAUAUA